AUGGGCGGCGGCGGCGCCAUGGUCAAAUCGAACACGCAGUCUGUGCUCGUGCUCUGCGCCCACGACCUGCCGCUGCCGAAGCAGCGGACCAUCGACGACCUGAACGAGAUGGGCACGGACCUCACGGGCGUUUAUGAUUAUAAGCUCGACGCCGUGGCGGCGGCGACCAUCGACCUCGCCACCUCCCUCUUCGCGGAGAAGCUCGCCGGCGCCGCGGCGCCGCGGUCGCCCGGGCGGCCCGAGGACCGCGUGCUCGUCGUCACGUCCGGCGGCAAGGACGACUGGCGCGACGUGCUGAGCCGCGCCGAGGUGCUCCAGCGCGAGUUCACGCGCCGCGUCGGCAUCGACGCGUUCUCGCCGUUGCGGUCCGCGCGGCGCGCGAGCCUCGAGGUCGAGGGCCGCAGCGGCGACCUCGGCGACAGCGCCGAGUACACGGCGCGCCUGCUCGCGAAGCGCGACCUGAGCUCCGUGACCGUCGUCGUGUCGCCCGCCGCGGACGCGGCCGCCGCGCGCCGCGUCUUCGAGGACGCGCUGCCCCCGGGCGUCGACGUGGAGAUCGCGUCGUCCGCGGACCGGGCCGCGAAGAAACGCCGCGUGUCGUAA